GGAGGCAGGCCGGUGGAGCUCCCGCGCUCUACCGCCGUCUGGUCUCGCCUGACCCAGGUCUGCACCGGGGCCAUGGAGGAGGUCGCGUUAGCCGCCGCGGGCCCCGCGGGCGCUGCCGAGGCCGAGGGAGCCGCGGCCACGCCGCCGCCGCCUCCCGGCUCCCCGCCCGUCCUCACCCCGGAGCCGCCAGCCGAGGAGGAGGGCCAGGCACUGGUGCCCGAGGCGGGGGCUCCCGGCUGCUCGGGCUCCCGGCCGCUCGCGCUAGACCUGGAACGCAGCCUGGGUCGCCUGACGGGCCGCUUCGAGGACGACGACGAGGAGCUGGAGGAGGACGAGGAGCUGGAGGAGGACGAAGAGGAGGAGGAAGAAGAAGAGUUGAGCCACUUCUCGCUGAGGCUGGAGGGGGGCCGGGCGGACUCGGAGGACGAGGAGGAGCGCCUGAUUAAUCUCUCCGAGCUGACCCCAUACAUCCUCUGUUCCAUUUGCAAGGGUUACUUAAUAGAUGCAACUACCAUUACGGAGUGUCUUCAUACCUUUUGUAAAAGCUGUAUUGUAAGACACUUUUACUAUAGCAAUAGAUGUCCAAAAUGCAACAUAGUGGUGCAUCAAACACAACCUCUUUAUAACAUAAGGUUGGACCGACAGUUACAAGACAUAGUAUACAAAUUAGUGAUCAAUCUAGAGGAAAGAGAAAAAAAGCAAAUGCAUGAUUUCUAUAAAGAAAGAGGUCUUGAAGUACCUAAACCUGCUGUUCCACAGUCAGUGCCUUCAAGCAAAGGAAGAUCUAAGAAAGUCCUAGAAUCUGUGUUUCGUAUUCCACCUGAACUUGAUACGUCUUUAUUAUUGGAGUUUAUUGGUGCUAAUGAAGGCACGGGACAUUUUAAGCCUUUGGAAAAGAAGUUUGUGCGAGUUUCUGGAGAAGCAACUAUAGGACAUGUAGAAAAAUUUCUCAGAAGAAAAAUGGGUCUUGAUCCUGCUUGCCAGGUAGAUAUCAUUUGUGGCGACCACCUAUUGGAACGGUAUCAGACUCUAAGGGAAAUCCGACGUGCAAUAGGCGAUGCAGCAAUGCAGGAUGGUCUGCUUGUCCUUCAUUAUGGUCUUGUGGUUUCUCCUCUGAAAAUAACUUGAAGAUUCUAGACAUUAUAGAGAGAGAGACAAAGUUAACAUUGUUCCACAGGACUGCAUCUCACCAAAGAUUCCAUGAAAUAUGUAAUUGCCACCACUGUGUGCUGUUCGACCCCCGCAGUCAGGACAUUUGUAAGCACAGGUGGGAUGAUGGAAUGUACCUGUUUCUAAGAAGCAUCCAGAACUCAGGGGAAAAUUUCAAAACAUUGAAUUUUCAGAUUCCUUUUGAUCUCAAGUCUUUGACUACUGUUCUCUUCUUCGUUCAGCCCAUUCGCUUUUAAGCUGAUGGUUGGGACUCUGCUCACUGGUAGGUCACCAGUUGGGUAGUCAUCCUCUUGGAAAAGAAGUGAGUUUUCAGGCAGAAGAUUCAAAGAGUUGCUAUUAAACUACAGGGUAUAAGAGACUAAAA